CAGCCUUCCUAACCUUCCCUUCCGCUGUCUGUCCACCUUCAUUUAUUUACGUAGGUGCCUAAAUAUUUUAGGUCUUCAACAUAAUAUUUCAAAUGCCGAAGUAUGCCAUGCUUAUUAUGCAAUUAUCUCCAAGGUGUUGGUCCUCUCUUGACCGAGGACGACGCGAGACAACUUCCGAAACUCCCAUCUCGCGAUUUUAAGCAUGACAAUAUACCCUGGCCCAAGUUUUUACACUCAGCUGAAAAAUGCUACUGCUGCGCCAUCCUUCAAAAGGGAAUCGUGAAAUGCCUCCAGCAACGUCAACUACGCCCUGAGCAGGUUGUGCGGAUUAAUUUCAGGUUCCUAUAUCCUGGUUGGAUAGACAGUGACAGGGGGGAUGAUAAAGAUAUUAUCUGCGAAUUAGAUGACGGAACUGAAUUUGUUGUUGAAUAUUUCACUCUUGAGGGCGAAGAUUACCCUUGUCCCGGUGCUUGGGAGUAUGUUCCUGUUUCAACGAGAACAUCUCCAGAAACCAGCUCUGAGGAAGCCUUUAGCAAGGCUUGUGGAUGGAUUGAAAAUUGUGAUGAAUCUCAUGUUAGCGAAAUACCAGAAGGCGAAGAUCCUAGUCAAUUUUCAAAUUACUGCCUCCCCUCACAGCAAAGGUUACUGUCGUUGGAAAAAUUGCCAACUAGGGUAGUAGAUGUCGGCCGACUUGAUGGAAAGGUAAGGUUAGUUGAAGGAAAUGAGCGCGCAGAGAAGUACUUAUGUCUUAGCCAUUGUUGGGGAGAACACCAGAUUAUCACAACUACCAACUCAACCCUUCUUGAGCGAAUGCACGAGAUUCGCACCGAGGACUUGUCCAAAACCUUUUCGGACGCGAUACAAAUGACGCGACGCUUUGAGAUUGAUUAUAUCUGGAUUGAUUCACUAUGCAUCAUUCAAGACGACGCAGCAGAUUGGGAACGGGAGUCCGCCCAGAUGGCAUCCAUCUACCACAAUGCUUAUUUGACACUUGCAGCUACCAAAUCAAGAAAUGGCAACGGCGGUUUAUUCACGAUAACACCAGAUUUCAAAAUAUCCGGCACGACUCCAGAUGGGGAAGAGUAUUACCUCAUUUUCCGAGAGAAAAUAGACCAUGACCUUUCAAUGGAUAAUACAUCACCACAAUUUCCCCUAAUGACACGGGCAUGGAUCUUCCAGGAGCGCAUGUUAUCUCCACGAGUAUUACAUUUUGGUUAUUACGAGCUGUUUUUCGAAUGCUCCACCAACGCGUAUUGUGAAUGCGACAAUAUCGGCUUCCUCAGCGCCACCGACGAUAUACCCUUACCGAACCCUAGAAGUCUAUACUCUUCAGCCUUGGAGACUACUAUAUCAACUUCUAAUGGGAAAAUGAGUAAUAACGCUUGGAUUCGGCUUACGCAAUAUUUCAUCGCGCGGGUGUGGCGGUCAUUUGUCAUGCUUUACACAGGGCUACACCUUACCAUACCCGGCGAUUGCCUCCCAGCACUGGCUGGCGUCGCGAGAACUUUCGCAGAGAAACGGAAGUCACCAUAUCUAUCUGGGUUAUUCCAAGACUCGCUGCUUGACGAUUUGUUGUGGAUGACCUUUAACUGCGAGAAAUCUCGGCCGCAAAAGUGGAGAGCUCCUUCGUGGUCAUGGGCUAGUAUCGAAGGACUCAUCGAGUAUCAGGAUGGACUAAUAACCUAUCAAGACGACCAAGUCUUCUUAGAAAAACAGGAGGAACGGAUAGAAUUUGCGUUCAUCGAAGACUGUACAUCUACACCCGCUGGUUUGAAUGAGUUCGGGCAAGUUAGCUCUGGGUCGCUUCGAGUGACUAGUCAACUCUUACCGGCGGCUCUACUUCUCAAGGCUGACCUUGAUACUCUUCGACGCCCGCAGUACUACUUGUGCAUUGAGAAUGACGGAAAAAUACUUAGCCCUCGAGUCUGGCCGGAUUAUGACUUAACUCGACCCGGUCUAUAUGAAGUUCUUUCUGGCGCCGAGGUUUACUGCCUAAGGAUGACUCAACAGACAAAGCCCAAGAUAGACAAUUCUUUGAUUUUGAGGUUCAUCUCCACUGAUACUGGGAAGACAUUCGAACGAAUUGGAUCCCUCCAGCUUAACGCGCGUACAGCCCAGAUCGACUGUCUCGAGCCUGAAAUGAGAGAAUUGGCUAUUAUGGCACUGGACAAAGCAGAAGUGACAACUGUUAACAUUGUGUAGAAACCAAUUGGAUUGGUCGAUAUACUGAGUAUAGCAUUGGAUAUCUUCUAUACUUCAAAAUUUAGGACCUCGUUUUGGUAUCGACUAACAUUUCGAUGACGUGAAGAAGUUACAACCUAUCAACCAGCUUCUCCGCCGCAUUAUCGAUAUUCGUCCCCCAAUUCUUAGCAGUACACUGCAAAUACAAAACACCAUCUU